AUGGCCCACGGACGUGACGAGCGCUGGCCCCAUGGCAUGCCCAUCACCCUUCGGACCCUGCAGCUCAUCCUGGCUGUGGUAAACCCUGUCCUUCUUGGGAUGUCCUCCGAGAGCCUGUACACCUUCACCUACAGUGUUACUCUCGGCGUGCUGACAGCUAUCUACACUAUCACCUGUCUAAUCUGCUAUUGCGCCGGUAGAUUGGACCCGGCGUCGGCCGCAUGGAUCGAUUUUGGUGCUAUAUUUAUGUGGGCAUAUGGCCUCGCCAUCACGGGCCUUGGGCCUGACUUUCCCGACCAUAGAAUGGGCCACUGGUUGAGACUAAUGAUGGCGACGCAGUUGACCGAACUAUUUCUCUUUAUAGCAACGAUGGGGAUUGCUCUGACGGUGGUGCGGAGGGAGAAGGGGAGGGCAAAGCAGACAGCGCCGGCGGGGGUGGGUGCGCGGACCGGGCCGGGUCCAGGGCCCAUCGUGCCUGGAAUGGUAGAGGCGCCGGUGUGA